AUGUCGAGCUACAACUACGGCCCCCCACCGCCGCCUCCCCCGGCUGCCCAGGCGAGCCAUCCUGGCUAUGGGCACCACGGCGGCACUUAUCAACAGCAUUCACGAGGCGGAGGCGCUCAUGCUGCUCGUGGCGGGCGUGCCGGCUACCCAUCGAGUGGACGCCCUGAGUAUUCUCCGGCCCAUCAACCCCAGUACGAAUACGGCCGGCAGCAGCCAUAUCCUCAACACGGCCCAGGAUAUCCCGCUCAGCAGCCUGCUGGCAACAACUACGCUCCCCAACAGCAGUGGCAUCAAGACCACGCACAUGCCGCUCCACAACAUGGCGCUCAUGCUCCUACACCAUUGUCGACUUCCAACUACCAUCCAAACUACGCUCCCCAGGUCUAUGCCCAUCCUCAACAUCCGCAACACCCUCAGCCGCCACCUCACCAACCGGGGUAUGGGCCACAGCAGCCGCAACAGCCCCAGCAGCAGCCCUACAGCCAGCCAUAUCCCGCUCCUGCACAAUACAACGCUGCCCAGCCGUGGGCUGGGCACGACACUCAUGCUCAAAGUAAUUAUGGUGCCGGUCGCGGUCGGGGCGGUUACGGAAACGAUCGAGGCGCCUCUCGAGGACCUAAUAUGGCCACACCUGCACCCCUAGCCUACGGAAGUGACGGGGUUCAUCAUCAAGCGAACGUUGGAUACAGCCAGCCAUACGUCGAUCCGCGUGCGCAACCCGUCCAAUACCAAGCUCCAGCUCCGUAUCCAUACCACGCCCCUCCUCCAGCACCUCACGCAGCGAUCCCUCCACAGGAGCCGUAUUACAAACACGAUGGACAGGCUGGUCGGGGCCGUGGUGGACAUCGCGGCGGCAACCCACGCGGCCGUGGUUCGUUCCAUGGCAAUGAUAGGGGCCGUCAUCGUCAACAGGGCAACAGCAACCAUAAUCAUAAUCACAAUAAUCGACAAGACGGAGGGUUCCACCAUAAGCAUGAUAAGCACGACAAUGCUGCUUCGGGUAAGAAGAAGAAGCGUAAAACUAACACUCUUGGUCUUACACCCGGUCAAGACUCAGAGUCGGAAGACGACGAGAUGGAAGAGGAGACACUUCGCAAGUUGAUUGGAGCAGAUGCAUUGCAGGUUACUGAUGUUGCCUCAUACAUUGCCGAGCGGAAGAAGCGCUUCCCCACGGCUGCGCGCGUCAAGGCUAAGAAGUCUGUCGAGACCACGCAAGGAAGCGGCAACAAGAUCCACACUGAUCUGGAGAAGGAAGAGAACCUCGCUAGCAAGCUGAGAAGGCAAUUGGAGAAGGUUGAAUCGUCUAUCAAGCGCAAGCGUGAACAGCAAGACGAGGGCGAUGAGAUGAGAGACAGCCCUUCCAUUGACAUCAAGUCUGAAGACGAUGAGCCAGAAGUCGCGUCAAGUCGUGUUCAGCCGGCCCCCCCUCCACCCCCUCCUGCCAAGAAAGCGGACAUCUCAAAACAUUGCAAGUACUACUCUACGGGAGGUACUUGCGGCAAGAAGGGCAAGUGCCGCUUCGUCCAUGAUCCUGCCGUUAGGGAGGCAGCCAUGAAGGAGAGAGAGAUGAACAAUGGCCACCUUACCAUCCAGCAGCGUUUGAUCUUGAACGACAAGGACCAAGAGGACCUAACUGUUCUCCAGUCAAUUCAAUACCUGCGGGAGAAAGGACUGAUGAAACCUGAAGAUCAGCCCAACGGUACCAAUGGGCACAAUGCAUCUGGGAGCUCUCAGACCUCCCAAUCCCAAUCCCGCCAGCAUCCCAGCAGUCUCCCCGCUGCGCCUGCUUCUCUCCCAGCACCACCUAUGAAGCAUCACAACGGGCUUCCUCCGCAUAAGCCGCCUCCUUCUGCUGGUGGAUCUACAGUUCGAUACAAAGGCUGGAACUUGAGUGGAUAUGGGAACUCGGGUCUCAAGUCGGAAGACCUCCCAUAG